CGCAACACUUAAUAGAGUUUAGUUAGUUAGCUAACUGAAAAGUGUGUUAACGCAUCUUUCCGGCUCCGCUUUUCGACUUAAUUCUCGUGCAAUAAUCGUGAAAAAUGUUUCGGUUUAACAAAAUUGUUGUAGCUUUAAUGCCGUUAUUGACACUUCAAGCAGUGGCGAAAUUUCCUGAAGAUCCCAAACCAUGCAAAUAUGGCGACAAAACUUGCAUAAUGAGUACUGUCGAGUUCCUGAUGCGAGAAAAAUCACAGGGUUUUGCGUCGCUUAAUUUGGUUAAGACGGACCCACUGAGAAUUGCCGAAAUCGUUAUGAAGCAAGGCGCCGAAAGUCCCGUCAAUAUUGACCUGACCUUCACCAAUAAUGACAUAUACGGUUUUAGUGGAAUCAAAAUGACUGACCUGAAGGGUUUCGGCAAGGAUUUGGUCACAAAACAUGAACUUCUUUUUUCUGCACCCGUCCUCAGUUUGGUCGGCGAUUACUCGAUUAAGGGGCGCGUAUUGGUGCUACCCAUUACUGGCACAGGCGCGAGCAAUAUUACAAUGCUUAACUCUAAAAUUCGCAUUCAAUUUGUUGGCGCUCCAGUGGAAAAAUCAGAAGGCGUCUAUAUGAGUGUGAAAUCGGCGCGUUUGAGUGUGGAACCGGCAAGAAUGAUUUUCAAUUUUGGCAAUCUUUUCAAUGGUGACAAGCAGCUGGGUGAGACAAUGAACACUUUCUUGAAUGAGAACUGGAAAGAGAUCUAUGAGGAGGUGCGGGCCACUUUUACAAACGUGUUUUCAAAAAUCUUCAUCAGCGUUAUAGAGAAUGUUUUCAGUUUAUAUCCAUACGAUAAGUACUUUUCCGAAUAAAAAUAAACGAAUAAUGUAUAGUUAA